AUGCCUCCCAAGCCACUUUAUCCAGGACAGGCGACUUACCAAAUACCUAGCUACGCGCCACCGCAAGGUUCCCAUGAACGAUUUGACACCGCAGCAUGGGUUGACAGCUAUUAUAAUCGCAAGCAUGCGGAGGAGCCUGAUAUGCCCAACUUCGAUGCUAUGCCUGACCCGGCCAAGGGCGGUAUCAUCGACGAAAGCCUGCCUGGCUUAGAACAGCCGCCGGUCAAGGCAACUCCUACGUCGCCUACGUCAUAUCGGGCCCAGUAUACGGCUUUCAGCCCUCAAACGGCAAGCAACCCUUACACGUAUCCAGAGCCUGAUCCGCGCGAGGCGCCCCCGCUCAAUCAAUUUGCCAAUGCAGGUUUCCAGUUCGAUUUGCCUGGAGGUGAUAAUGCGCCCCCUGCUGCGCAUCAUCACGAUCAACCGGAUUAUGCAUACAACCUUGAUCCGUACGAAGAUCCGUAUAUGCAACGAAACGACAACUGGAGCCCUCCUGGGCCAGUGCAUCCAGAUGCUGAAGCUGGUUAUGCAGCUAGAGACGAUUCUUACAGCAAUGGGCAAUCUCAGCCCUAUAGAAACGUCCAGGAUCCCAGCCCGCCCGUCAACCAACCAGAAAUGCUGGAUGAACAGCAGAACCCCGAUUCUCUUCCCCAUCAUCCUGUCCCAUUUCGUCCUGGGCUCGAACAGGCGGCCAAACCUGCUCCUAUGCGACAAUACGAGGGCGUCAGUGACUCCAGAUCUCCCCCAACAGCACCGCAGGGCACCCCACCCGAAGCACCACCGUCCGGUCCGGUUACGCAAGCAGAGCUGCAGCGCCUACAGCAGUUGGUCAAGGCAAAACCGAAUGAUCGUAAGACUCAAUUGCUGUUUGCUCAAAAGCUGGUCGAAGCUUCGACUGUGCUGGUUGAUGCUAGUCGAAUGGAUCCCAAAACUAAGGCGAAAGCCCGAGAGAAGUAUACCAUGGACGGUUACAAGAUUGUGAAGAAAUUGGUUUCUGCAGGUUAUGCUGAUGCACAAUUUUACCUGGCUGAUUGCUACGGUCAGGGUCAAAUGGGUCUGCCAGUUGAUCCUAAGGAAGCGUUUGGUUUGUACUACGCGGCUGCGAAGCAGGGGCACGCCCAAUCGGCGUAUCGUGUUGCCGUGUGUUGUGAGAUUGGCCAGGAGGAAGGUGGCGGUACCAAGAGAGAUCCGUUCAAGGCUGUUCAAUGGUAUAAACGUGCAGCCGCCCUUGGUGAUCCUCCCGCGAUGUACAAAAUGGGAAUGAUUCUACUGAAGGGCCUGCUAGGCCAGGCAAAGAAUCCCCGCGAGGGAGUUGCCUGGCUCAAGCGUGCAGCGGAUCGCGCUGACGUGGAAAACCCUCAUGCUCUGCACGAAUUGGCCUUGAUGUAUGCCAACGGAGGCAACGAUGUGGUUGCACGUGACGAAGCCUAUGCAAGCCAAUUGUUCCAUCAGGCCGCAGAACUCGGAUACAAGUUCUCUCAGUUCUACCUGGGCAAUGCAUAUGAAUAUGGCCUACUGGGCUGCCCUGUGGAUCCUCGGCAGAGCAUCAUAUAUUACACACAUGCCGCUGCACAAGGCGAGCACCAGAGCGAACUCGCGCUUAGUGGAUGGUAUCUUACCGGUGGAGAAGGCAUCCUUCAGCAAAGUGAUACGGAGGCAUAUCUCUGGGCACGAAAGGCUGCGACUGCUGGUUUAGCCAAGGCUGAGUAUGCAAUGGGCUACUUCACCGAAGUUGGAAUCGGCGUUGCCGCGAAUUUGGAUGACGCGAAACGUUGGUAUUGGCGCGCAGCUGCUCAAGGGUUUCCUAAGGCCCGUGAACGCCUCGAGGAAAUCAAACAGGGUGGAGCCCGCAUGCAAAAAACACGUCUUUCUCGAUCUGCCGUCAACCAGCAGAAGCAAAACGAGGGUGACUGUAUCAUUAUGUGA